UAGCACAACAAAGUAACGUACUCCCCCUUAUCCUUAUCUUAAGAAAUAUAAACACUUGGUGGCUAUUUUUCACUGGCAGUCUGUUGAAAACCGGUGAUGCAUCAAAAUGCUUAGAGAUCCGCGAUGUUUUUGUGUGCUAGUUCUGGCUUUAACUUCUCUGAUCUAUGGAACUCAAAGUGCAAAUAUUCUGGGACUUUUUCCUAGCCUGAGCCCUUCUCACUUGAUCAUCUCAAUGUCAGCUGCCAAGAUUUUGGCUGAGCAAGGACACAAUGUGACAGUUGUAACGGUUUUGGAUCCCACAGUGACUCACAAAAAUAUUAACUUGAUUCAAGUACCACUCACUAAGGAGGAAAUUAAGCAGAGAAGUGAAGCCAUUGGAGCAAAGCAAAAGAGUACAAGUAGUAAUCGUUUUAUUUCAAUUCUUCGAAUGUCCGGUCAAAUGAAUUCAAUGCUGAGGAAGAUGGCAGAUGUCUUCAAGGAUCAGAGAGUUAAGGAUCUUUACCUAAACAAAGGCAACCACUUUGACUUGGUAAUUUCGGGAUACUUUAUGAAUGAUUACCAGUUGGGAUUCGCUAGAAAGGUGAAUGCUCCUGUUGUUGUUUUGGCUCCUGGUCCUCCAAGUCAGAUGCUUAAUUCCCUAAUCGGUAAUCCAAAUGAUCCUGUUGAAAAGAAUAAGGAUAUGACCUUCGGAGAUCGUUUGGAUAACUUCAUUACCAGCCUCUUUUAUGGAAUUUUCGUACAGCAAAUUAACCAAAGAAAUCGCGACUAUUACGCAGAACUCUUAUCCGAUGAUCCCAAUAUGCCGGAGUAUUCGGAAAUGCUGAAGAACACCUCGCUGGUGUUUUUCUGUUCUCAUGCAGCCAGCGAGGGAUCGAUAAGAGCUAAUGUUCCAGCUGCCAUUGAAAUUGGAGGAAUACAGAUCAAGGAUAAGCCAGAUCCUCUGCCAAAAAACCUAGAGGAGUUCUUAGGCAAUGCCACACAUGGAGCAAUUCUUCUGAGUUUGGGUUCCAAUGUCCAGGGAAGUCACAUCAAACGAGACACAGUGCAAAAGAUGUUUAAAGUUCUAUCGAAACUAAAAGAGAGAGUAAUUUGGAAGUGGGAGGAUCUGGAGAAUACACCUGGAAAGUCGGACAAUAUUCUCUAUUCCCGUUGGCUGCCACAGGAUGACAUCUUGGCCCAUCCAAAAAUAAAGCUGUUUAUAAAUCAUGCUGGAAAAGGAGGAAUUACCGAAGCCCAAUAUCACGGAAAACCCAUGCUUUCGUUACCAGUUUUUGGUGAUCAACCGGGAAAUGCUUUUGCCAUGGUCAAAAGUGGUUUUGGCCUUCAACUUAGUCUGCUCACUUUGGAGGAAAAACCCUUUGCAGAAGCCAUUAAGGAGAUCCUAACAAAUCCUCAAUAUAGUCAAAAAGUGGCCAAGUUUUCCUCAUUAUAUAGAGAUCGACCAUCGAGUGCCAGGGAAUCUCUUAUUUUCUGGACGGAAUAUGUCAUUCGGCACCGAGGAGCUCCUCAUCUGCAAAGUCCUUUGGUCCACAUCGACUUCAUAGCCGCAAAUAAUUUAGAUAUAUACCUUCUUUUAGCCGCUGUAAUAAUAAGCGUAUUAUGGAUUUUAAAGGUGGUGAAAAAAUGGAAAUACAGAAAGCUAGCAAGACACUUUAAAGUCAAAAACAAUUGAAUGUUCUACAAAAUAGCAAUAAUAUUUACUUUAAGAAAAUUAUUACUUAAUUAUAGAAACUUUAAAAGGUGGGAAUGUUAAAGAGAAAUUGUAUAAAAAGUAGUUACCUAGAAUUUUUAAGAAUUAGUACUUAGGUGAAACUUAUUGUAUAAAAACAGUAGUUUCCUAGAAUCUUAAUAACUAAAAUCCUAAGACAACCU